AUGGCCCUGCCGGACAACAUACCCUGGCGGAUAUCAGGCGCAUCGAAUAAAUUAAACCUACAAAUUCAAGCGGUCGCAUCGAGUCUUCGCCCGUUCUUUCCACAAACCUCGAAGCUUGAUAUAUUGGGAAUGUUUCUCUGUAGUUCCUUGCCUCUGAUCGUCUUUUGGCAUCUUGGAAGGCGGCGGACCAGGAAGUCAAUAAGCCAGGGCUUUACAGAUGACUCAUUUGCAGGAAAGGACACAGAUACAAAUGGCAAGUCCUUUGACAUACCAAAAGUACGCAGGACUAAUAUGUGUUUGAUACUAGAAGCGGAAGCAUCAGACCCUAGCCUUCUAAAGAAGCACUCGGUAAUCCGAUCCUACCAAACGAGCCGAUUUACAUAUCCCUCCCUACGUAUCUUUUUCCGAGAACAUCCGCAGUUCGAGAAGCUACCUACAGAACCAGCUCGGUUGCCCUUGCUCGUCUUUAUACAUGGUUUUGGAGGUUCGGUCGCACAGUUUCAUCCAUUGCUGACGAGCUUGGUAAACCUCUCGUCAUGUCUCUCCAUUGAUCUCCCAGGUUGCGGGGUAUCCAAAUUCGCCCCGAAGGACUGGGAUGCAUAUACAAUGGAGAGCCUAGUGGAACUUCUAGGUCUCAUCAUUGAGGACUAUAGGAGAGAGGACCAGAAUGUUGUCCUCAUCGGUCACAGCAUGGGAUGUUCGCUCUCCGCAAUGCUUGCCACGAAAAGCAUGAGCUUCCCCAACUCGUUAGCAGAGCACGUUGUAGGUUUGGUUGCGGUAUGCCCUCGAGCCGAAGCCCCUUCUCCGGAUGAGGUCUCUAUGUUCAGGAAGCUGCUGUGGAUACCGUCACCAAUCUUCAAUGUUUGGAGAAACUAUGAUAAGAGAGGUGGGAAGGACAGCGCAAGUGUGUCUCGUUUUGUUGGAGCAGAUGCAGAUGAUGAGACGAAAGCGCUUCAAUACCGUUUCAACUACCAGAGCAAGACACCAGUUUGGAGACGAAUGGCUUCCGGAACUUUGCCAAACUAUGAAAAUGGAGUUGCCAAGGGCGGAUUUCCGGGUAAAGAUGUUUGGGCAGGUCUUGAAGUUCCUGUGUUCCUAGUUGCUGGCGAAGCUGAUAAUAUCACCAAGCCGGGGGAGAUUCAGAAGAUUGCCUCUUUCUUAGGAAAGUCUCACCCUAUCCAGAGUGAAAUGGAUGAGGCUAGUGAGUCGGUCGUUGAUCCUGCUUUUCUCGUUGAUAUAUCGACUGAAGCUCGCAGUCCCGGGCCAAGCAAGGCGGGAAAGUCCAUCAGACCGGAAUAUUUCCUGGAAACGAAUCCUGACACAGCAGAAGAAAUGUACGAAGACCCCUCAACGCCAAAUGAUGGACUCUCAACCGUGCCUCCACAACCAUCAAAGCCAAAGAAAGUCCUGAAAACUACAAUACUUCCAAGCCCAGCUUCACACGCCCUUCUCUACCAACCAGCAACCGUCAGAAUUCUCGCUGGACUUAUUUCAGACUUCCUCUGCACUCAGGUCUCGCCACGACUAUCUCUUGGCUGGCAACUCCAAUAUCUCAGCGAUGCCGGCAAAUGGGAUGUAAAGAAUCUAGCAAAGUGGAAAGCAGUCAAGCCCGUCUCGGAGCCUAUUGAUGGCAUCUUCAGGGCAAUGAAGACCUUGCGAGAAGUCGAUGAAACCCAUUCGCCUGAUGUCUUUGUGAAGGAAUGGGGUUCUGAAAUUACGGAUGUCGUUGAUAUAUCACACGAGAGUCCUGUAUAUGACCCAAGAGGCCUCGAAAAAGGAGGAAUUCAAUAUCAUAAAUUCCCUACCGUCUCCAAGAUUCCGCCUACAGAAUCCGAAGUAGCAUCCUUCAUCGCCCUAAUCGACCGCAUUAGGGACGAGCAGACAAAGCCCGCUUACAUUGCAGUCCAUUGCCACUACGGCUUCAAUCGAACAGGCUUCUUCAUCGUAUGCUACCUGAAAGAACGGUGUGGGUACACGCUGCCGGCUGCCAUUUCCGAAUUUGCCGAGAAGCGGCCGAAGGGAAUCAGACAUGCCCAUUUCUUAGAUACCCUUUUUGUUAGAUAUUGUGUUGGUUUGAAGAGAGCGCCGACGUUAUAA